AGGAAGACAAAUCUGAUCGCCAUAACAAUAGUAAGAAGGAAUACAAUACAAGACGAAAUUGUGCGCUUUCAGAAGCAAAAAUGAAAGCAACGUUUGUGGCAAUAUUUGCCACACUUUUGGUGACGUUUGCUUUCGCCAACCCACCUCAAUGUCCAACUAAGGACGGAGAGGAUAUUGUCUUGUUUCCGAAUCCAGAUGACUGCUCGACCUACUAUUCCUGCAGUGCAGGCAGACUGCAGAUAAUGAAAUGUAGUGAAGGACUGGAAUAUAAUACGGAUUUAAGAGUAUGCGAUUGGCCCAGAGAGCAUGCAGAAUGUAAACAUCACCAUUCAAGACCACCACAUUCUUCGACAGCCCGUUCUACGGUGACAUCUCGCCCUCCACGACCAACUGAAUCUGGCAAAUACAGUACUGCUGCAUCACCCCGUCCGUCACAACGAACUCUUUCUACUGAUGAACCAUUCCGACCAACUCACCCUACUAAACAAACCCACCCUUCGAGACCAACUACUGAACCAUCCCGUCCUCCAAAACCACCUCACCCUACUAGACCAUCCCAUCCUCCAAGACCACCUCAUCCUACUAAACCAUCCCAUCCUUCAAGACCAACUGAUUCUACUGAACCAUCCCAUCCUCCAAGACCACCUCACCCUACUAGACCAUCUCAUCCUCCAAGACCAACUCCAUCUGUCAGUCCAAAGCCACCUCGUCGACCAAAUCCGGAUUUUCCUCCACACCGCCCAGACCAUAAACCACACGACCGACCCCUUCCUCCACACCACCCACCCGGUCCACCACACCACCCACCCGGUCCACCGCACCACCCACCCGUUCCACCGCACCACCCACCCGUUCCACCGCACCACCCACCCGGCCCACCACACCACCCACCGGGCCCACCACACCACCCACCCGGCCCACCACACCACCCACCCGGCCCACCACACCACCCACCCAGCCCACCACACCAUCCACCCGGCCCACCGCACCAUCCACCCGUACCACCGCACCAUCCACCCGGUCCACCGCACCAUCCACCCGGUCCACCGCACCGCCCACCCGGUCCACCACACCGCCCACCCGGUCCACCACACCGCCCACCCGGUCCACCGCACCACCCACCCGUUCCACCGCACCACCCACCCGGUCCACCACACCACCGUCCCAUUCCACCGCACCACCCACCCGGUCCACCACACCACCGUCCCAUUCCACCGCACCAUCGUCCCGUUCCACCGCACCAUCGUCCCGUUCCACCGCACCAUCGUCCCGUUCCUCCGCACCACCCACCCGGCCCACCACACCACCGUCCCGUUCCACCGCACCACCCACCCGGUCCACCACACCGCCCGCAUCUUCCCCCAAUUCCACAUCAUCCCCCACAACGUCCUCAUUCCCCUUUUGAUGAGCCCAUCUUUCCAAGAUACGAAGACUAACCAAUCUUAUAAUUAAGAGGAAUUGUUCAAUGUCAUUAAAAUUCUUAGUAUGUUUGACAAAAAUAAUGUAUUCAAACUGUAUUCAAUAUAGUUGAACUGUAAUAAAUAUUUCUGAAUUUA